CAAAGACACGAGAGAGAGGGAGAGUAGAAGGUGCCUGUAAAGAAACGGCAACUCCAAGUUUGAAACUCCACAUUUGGUAAUCUCUAACUACCCACCCACCAAACACCGUCUCUCUCUGCUCAAAACGCGGAUACACACUCUCUCUUUCUCUACGCACGCGGAGUUAUAAAUAAAUUUCCUUUAUUCGCUCCACUUUCAUUAUGUUCCCAUUCAAAAGGUCCAAUUUUCGGAUUGUUCUUUUUCUUGGCUAUAAAAAGGUGGGCAUUGUCCGUUUCUUGAACCGCAUUAAAAUCAGAAGCCAAGAUAACGGAAAGAUUAGACAAGCACGUGGGUUUUGGGAGUUGCAAAAAAGAGGGGUUAUAGAGAGAUCAAUAGCGAUGGGUAGUGCACCGAAUGAGAAUGGUGACUCAGUUCUUGAUUUAGAGGAUAAAUGCGGAGUUGGUGGUGGUGUUCAGGACGUUUAUGGUGAGGAUAGAGCCUCUGAGAAUCAGCCUGUCACUCCAUGGACUGUUUCUGUUGCAAGUGGGUAUACUUUGUUGCGUGAUCCACACCACAACAAAGGCCUUGCUUUCACUGACAAAGAAAGAGAUGCUCAUUACUUGACGGGCCUUCUACCUCCAGUAGUUCUUUCUCAAGAGCUUCAGGAGAAGAAGUUGAUGCACACUCUUCGUCAAUAUACGGUGCCGUUACAAAGAUACAUGGCAAUGAUGGAUCUCCAGGAGAGAAAUGAAAAGCUGUUUUACAAGCUGCUUAUUGAUAAUGUUGAGGAGUUACUUCCUGUAGUCUAUACUCCUACUGUUGGUGAGGCCUGCCAAAAGUAUGGUAGCAUUUUCAGGCGUCCUCAGGGACUCUAUAUCGGCUUGAAAGAGAAGGGAAGGAUACUUGAAGUGUUGAGAAACUGGCCUGAAAAAUCAAUUCAGGUUAUUGUUGUAACAGAUGGUGAGCGCAUUUUAGGGCUGGGUGAUCUAGGCUGCCAGGGUAUGGGAAUUCCUGUUGGAAAACUCUCUCUGUAUACAGCUCUUGGAGGAGUUCGUCCUUCAGCCUGCUUGCCUAUCACAAUUGAUGUCGGCACAAAUAAUAAGAAGCUACUGGAUGAUGAAUUCUAUAUUGGUUUGAGGCAAAACCGUGCAACUGGACAGGAAUAUGCUGAGCUUCUUGAAGAGUUCAUGGCUGCAGUGAAACAAAAUUAUGGUGAGAAGGUCUUGAUACAGUUUGAAGACUUUGCAAACCACAAUGCAUUUGAUCUACUUGCAAAAUACCGCACAACUCAUCUUGUGUUCAAUGAUGACAUCCAGGGUACAGCUUCCGUUGUUCUUGCUGGGAUUGUUUCGGCUUUGAAAUUUGUUGGAGGAACGUUAUCAGAUGAUACUUUCUUGUUUCUGGGUGCUGGAGAGGCUGGGACUGGUAUAGCUGAACUUAUUGCUCUUGAAAUAUCUAAGAAGACAAAUACUCCAGUUGAAGAGACGAGGAAGAAAAUUUGGCUUGUGGACUCUAAGGGGUUGAUUGUGAGUUCUCGUAAAGAAACUCUUCAGCAUUUCAAGUUACCUUGGGCCCACGAACAUGAACCAGUCAAGGAACUAUUGGAUGCAGUAAAGGCUAUAAAGCCUACAGUUCUAAUAGGGACUUCAGGUGUGGGGAAGACGUUUACAAAAGAAGUUGUUGAGACCAUGGCUUCCUUAAAUGAGAAACCGGUCAUCCUUGCUUUAUCAAACCCGACUUCGCAGUCAGAGUGCACUGCAGAAGAAGCUUACACAUGGACUGAGGGACGUGCAAUCUAUGCUAGCGGCAGUCCAUUUGACCCUGUUGAGUACAAUGGAAAAACAUUCGUGCCCGGCCAGUUUGUAAUUUAUGAUUUCAAUCAAGAAAAAUUACUGACAUUUGUUUUCGUCUUAAAUACAGCUGAAGCAUUGGCCGCUCAAGUAACAGAGGAGAACUAUGAGAAAGGACUGAUUUACCCUCCGUUCACCAAUAUCAGAAAAAUCUCAGCCCACAUUGCUGCUAAUGUAGCUGCAAAAUCAUAUGAACUUGGUCUUGCAUCUCGUCUCCCCCGCCCAAAGGAUCUCGUCAAGUUUGCUGAGAGCUGCAUGUACUCUCCUGUCUACAACAACUACCGUUGAACGAAUCUUUUCCAGAUUUUUUUCCAUUUAGCAACAGAUUUAGUCUUUCUAGAUGUGCUUUUUAAUGUUUAGUAAUAAACCAAUAAUCAUGUGAAUCUCACAAAUUUGGUAGACUAUACUCACGCAUAAUUUGUUUUAUGAGAACAGAAAAAAAACUGCAACACUUACGAGAUGGGAUUAGUUCUGAAGUGUGGUUUAGGUGGAUGAGGUUUUAAUUUGUUACUGUGUACUUUUGAACAUCCAAUCAAAUUUAUCGAAUUUGAUUUUCACACCAACAUAUGAUUUUAGUUAAAUUUAUCAAAUUUAUGCUUCCAAUCAAACACUUAUGUUAAAUAAGUAUGAGAGACUUAAUCCUAGCCAUUAGAUAAGAAUCAAAAUGUGUG